GAACAUGGCUCUUCCUUCCUGUUUGUGCCGAGGGAAAUAUGACGGCCAUGCGAUUUACUUGUCACGGCGGAGGCAUUUCGUUCAAUAUAGCCAUCGUCAUCUUUGUGGCAACCACCAUCGCUGCUCGUGUAACUCGUGCAGUGUGGACGCGGGAGUAUCUGACGCGUUUUUCUUUCUUUCACUUGGCGAAUAUCUUUCAUGUUUCUAGUGUUUAGUCGCGAACCAACCACAAUUGAGCCAUUACUUUUGAACGACUUCUAAACGCCUCAAAGAGCUGCGAUCACGGAAACAAUCAUAAAGACGAUGAUCGAUUCAGACGAGGAAGUGUACCGAGCAGAAAACAUCGUAGUGGAUGAGAGCUGUAGGAAUCUGCUGCUCAAUUACGCUCGAAUUCCUACAGAUGAUGUACAACAGCACGCUGAGAAAAUCUGGGAUCAGGCACUCCUCGUCUCAAAGUCAAGCUCCACCAGCCAUACUCGCACCCUCCUGGUCAAUAUCUCAAAGCACCCAAUAUACGCACAAAUUCUGCAGCGUGUCCAGCAGGACAAUCAUCGUCUUUUGGAGAUAAAUUGUUCUCUUGGGCAAAAUCUCCGCCAGUUAGCGUUCGAUGGCGUCGACACGCGGAAUCUGCAGGGAUUGGAGCUCAAGCUGGGCCUGACAGAACUAGGAUUCGACCUCUUCCGGGAUGAGAAUAGUUUCCGCGGCAGUUUCUCCGCGGGUGAUAUUCUCUCGCAAGCGGGCAUCCCGGGACUGCAGGAUGGCUCGUUUGAUAUCAUUCACGCAGGGACUUUCCUCGAUAAACAGGACGAGCACGAGCAGGUCCAGGCUUUGACAAGAAUGAUACGGCUGCUGAAACCGAGGUCGGGUUCGCUGGUGUUCGGCAGUCGAUUACUAAUUGAGCCUACUACCAAUGCUACUGGGAGCAAUCGGAGAGAUUCGAAAAGCCAUGGUGCUCGGAGCUUCCGAGACAUGGUGAAAAUCGUGGGAAUCGAUUUGGGAGUAGAACUCGAUGUACAGGAGAGCGCAAACGAGAAAACGCGUUCAGAUUUCUCUGAAGCAGAAUCGGGAUGCUCGCACUUUACAGUUUUGCUUCGCUGA